AUGGAGGCAUACAAAGCCCUUAAAGGCGAUAUGGAGGCUGCAAAGAACAAUUCCGAAUUUCGAUCCUCAUUGGACAAUAUAUCCAAGUCAAUGGACGAACAUACAGGCCGUCUUGACGAGAUUGAUGAAGAGACUGGUAGAUACAGCACCAGACUUGGCAACCUAGAGGGUUCUUUGCGCAACAUGCCUGAGAGAUUUGAGUGGGCCAAAACUUCGACCGAGUUGUUGGACACAUCGAUACAACAAGUCGUCGAGAACAUUCGCACCCUACAAUUAGACGCGGGGACACUAUCCAGUCCAUCUACAGAUCAGUCGAACAGUAUCAAAGCAAUCAACAAAAACAUCACAUCGCUUAAGGAGUCUUUUCAGUCUGAACAACGACUAUUUGCACUGCAUUUGGACGCCUGGCUAUCCCGAUUCAAGGGUUCAGUGGCGUCACAGACGGCAUUCGAGGACAUGCAAUUAGAAUUUGCGCAGUUGACCGAGACAUCAAUGGAAGUCUCCCAAAUAUUAUGGGAACUCUUCGAUGAAUUUCAAUUGUCUUAG